AUAAAACCCAUCUUUUACAUUUCCUACUUUCCUCAAUCAUUCUCGCCGCCCGCCGCGAUGUUCGAACCACCACCACCACCUCCGCCGCCGCCCUCCCUUCUCUUCCUUUUCUUCUUCUUCUUCUUCAUUUCAUCCAUAACCGGCGCCGAUGCCAUUGCUGUAUUCAAGGAGGCCCCCCAAUUCUAUAACUCCCCGGACUGCCCCUUGGUCGUCACUGGCGAGGAAAACGGUAACCGACUUUGCUCAUACGACGGCAUCCACGUGGCGAUGACAUUGGACACCGCAUACAUCCGAGGGUCCAUGGCGGCCGUCCUCUCCGUUCUGCAACAUUCCACCUGCCCCCAAAAUGUAAUAUUCCAUUUCGUUUCCUCUGCCUCUGCAAACGCGUCGGAUCUACGCGCCACCAUUUCCUCCUCCUUCCCAUACCUGAAAUUCCAAAUCUACCCGUUCGACGACGACGCCGUGUCUCGUCUGAUCUCCACCUCCAUCCGAUCGGCUCUGGAUUGCCCUUUGAAUUACGCGCGUAGUUACUUGGCCGACCUCCUUCCUCUCUGUGUCCGUCGUGUCGUCUAUCUCGAUUCCGAUCUAAUCCUCGUCGACGACAUCGCUAAUCUCGCUAAUACCCCUCUAAACGAUGCCGUAUUAGCCGCCCCGGAGUACUGCAACGCCAAUUUCACCUACUAUUUCACUCCCACAUUCUGGUCCAAUCCCUCUCUGUCUCUCACCUUCGCCAAUCGCAACCCCUGUUAUUUCAACACCGGCGUCAUGGUCAUCGACCUCGCCCGGUGGCGCCUCGGCGAUUUCACCUCAAAAAUCGAGGAAUGGAUGGAGCUUCAGAAGCGGAUAAGGAUCUACGAGCUGGGAUCUCUGCCGCCAUUCAUGCUCGUUUUCGCCGGAAACAUUGCCCCCGUGGACCACCGCUGGAACCAACACGGUCUCGGCGGUGACAAUUUCCGGGGACUCUGUCGAGAUCUACACCCCGGUCCAGUGAGCCUUCUACAUUGGAGCGGAAAGGGGAAGCCGUGGGCCCGGCUCGAUGCGAACCGGCCGUGUCCAUUGGAUGCUUUGUGGGUCCCUUAUGAUCUGUUGCAAACUCCAUUUUCGUUGGAGUCUUGAUUAGUUGAAGCUCCUCGAAACGGCCUCGUUUUUAGGAUUACAGAGGAAGGCGACGGCUGUCCGGAGAAGGUACGAUUGUCCGGCAACACAGAAAUUAUGAAUUUUCAAAAUGGGAAAUGUUGAGCUUAAUUUUGAGGUAAAAAAAAAAAAAAAAAAAAAAAAAAAACAAUAAUAAAGGAUAACAGGAGAAUUAAUAUUUGAGAAGAUACACAUAAUCCGUAUGAAUUAUCUGUAUAACUGUAUUCAAAAGCUUGUAUAGUUCACGUUUUUCAUUUUCUUAUAAACAUUUUUAAAUAAAAAAGAAAAUUGGUCAUAAUGCCACUGUAUUGCCCCCUUUAAUUUCCCAAUAAUAAAUACUUUUCCACCAUUAAUUCUAAUUAA